AUGGAAAUCGUAUCGGAAGCGCAUGUUCUCGCCGAAAAGUCAGGACUGGAUUCGGCCAUCUUUGAAUCACUCCUCGAGAAGAACGUCGGGACACUGGCAUAUUCUGAUUCGACGCGGUUGACUACGGGGGUCUACAUGCCAGAAAGAGGCCAGAAACCAUGGUCCGACCUAAACCUCGCUCUGAAGGAUGUUCAACACGGCAUCGAUUGCGCCGGGGCUGUUGGGACAAGAUUGAAGAUUGCCGAGGUGGCAGUGGAUCAUUUGAAGAGGGCAAAGGAGUACUCGCAGGCACACGGGGAUAGGGCGCUGGAUUCGUCGACUUUGUAUGGGAUUGUCAGGCAGGAUGCAGGGUUAGAUUUUCGGAAUGAUGUUGUUAUGGAUAGGGAGGGGGAGAGUGGAAUAGGUAAAUGA